AUGCUCGCUCAUAUUCCUUUCCGGCCUAUUCUCCUGGCAAGCGGACUUUCUGUCAUUCUCUCGCCCCUAGUGUCAGCCGCAACUUUAGGCGACACAGAUCCCUCGCCGAGGAUCAAGAAGGGACCUGGGCCAAAGGUUAACUCAUCAUCGCCUCAUUCGCAGAGAGAUGGCCAGAAUUCGCGAUUCACGUUUUAUGAGGCUGGACAAGGAGCGUGUGGCGGAUGGAACAGUGGGAGUGACUAUAUCGUAGCGCUGAAUGAUCAGCAAUGGGAUAACGGUGCACAUUGCUGGAAGAUGGUCACGCUUUCGUACGGCGGCCAGACUACAGAGGCGCAAAUCGUAGACAUGUGCCCGGGAUGUCCAUUCGGCGCACUCGACCUUACACAAGGUCUCUUCAUUCACUUUGCUGGUUUGGAUGUAGGAGAGAUUUAUGGUGAUUGGUGGUUUGUGGAUGAAGCUCCAGCUCCAGCUCCUGUAUCGCAACCCGAUCCUCAGCCGCAACCGGAAUGGCAAUGGCAGCCACCUCAGCAGGAGCAAGAAAAGUCCCAGCCCCAGGUCGAUUCCGCACCGCAUGCGCAGGGUGACAACAACGCGAACAACAAUGCCUACACCUCACCAAUGAGUGCAUCCACGAGCACCACCACUUCUUCCCCCAGCCCUACGAAUAUACCCGCACCUACGCCUACCCAUUCCCGAAACCCAGUAGCAGUGCUCUUCAACCCAGUCAUGAACGCGGCAUCGCCAGCAUCAAGCAACAACAUCACUUUCGCUGAUUCAACCCGGACAAGUGCGCUAGCGAAGGCAAGCAUGGCGCGUGCGACUGUCCCUAAACCUGCUGCAGACCUCGGUGCUGGGUAUUUCCAUUCUGGCGGUAGCGCCACUAUACGGAGCCUGCGCUGGGAGACGUUUAUUAGUAUUUUGUUGUGCGGCUUGGUUCUCAUCUAG